AAACAAGAGAAGGAAAGAAGCUAAUGUGAAAGAAAUAGUACAAAGAAAGAAAGACAGAAAGAAAAAAUAUAAUAAGAGCAGUACAUGGAGCAAACUGUAAUAAAUAGACAUAACAGCUUUCAAAAGAUAAGAAAGAAAGAAAGAAAAAUACUACAAGAAUACAAAUUGUCAAAAGUCUGUCUGUCUCUCUCUCUCUCUCUCUCUCUCAGAGUUCUUCCACUACAAGUUUCCAUACCUACACCUUCCAUUUCCAUGUCUAAAGAUCACAUAACCCAGCAAAUUCUACCAGAACUUGAAGAAUCUGCCACAUCACAAGGUCCCAAGCAAGACGAUGGUGAGGUAGUUGCUGCUGAUGAACUAGUACCAAGUGAUCAAGAAGAGUGCAAAACACCAACUUCUAGUAAUCACAAGAUACCAACUAUCCGAAGCUGCCCACCAACACCAAAAAAGAAAGUGCAAAAAUUGUUCUUGAACAAGAGGAAAUUGCCUGAGAUGGACUUCUUUGAAGCUGCUAAUAGAGAUGAGGUAGAGUCUUUCUUUCGAUCUAGCUUUGAGUUAGCUAGAGUUGAAUAUCGUCGCAUGAAGAGAAGAUGUAGAAGUCAUUGAUGAUCAGAUUUUCUUUAAAUUUAUGAUCUCUUCAUAUGUGUACAUAUAUGCAAUAUAUUUAAUUUUUUAUUCUUAUGUAUGAAUCUUGAUAAAUCUAGCUAUAGCUAACACUUAAUUUUUAUCUGUUUAAUUAUACUUAUGAUCUUUAUUGAGGUGUAGAAAUGGAUCGAUCAUGAUGUUAGCUAGGCCUAUGACUAUGAUCAUAAAUUAUCUAUCCAUUUUUAUCUUUGUUCAUCUUCAACAGAAAGAAAGUUUUGUUUCUUCUGUUAGUACAAUCUCUUUCUUGCCCCUA